UACCCCAUUUUCGCCAAAGCCCUAGCGCCGCCUCCUCCGCUGCUCCCCCGACAGCCGUGCCUCGCCACCUCCACUCCUCCUCCCCCAACCAGCCGCAGCCAGCCAUGGCGAACGUCGCCGCGGGGACGAAGGUGGCCGCCGCUGCCGCCGCCGCCGGGCAGCCGAAUAAGAGGACGUUCCGCAAGUUCACUUACCGCGGCGUGGACCUCGACGCGCUCCUCGACAUGUCCACCGACGACCUCGUCCAGCUUCUCCCCGCCCGCGGCCGCAGAAGGUUCCAGAGGGGGCUGAAGCGGAGGCCCUUGGCGCUCAUCAGGAAGCUGCGCAAGGCGAAAAGGGAGGCACCAGCCGGUGAGAAGCCAGCGCCUGUGAAGACUUAUGUGCGCGACAUGAUCAUCAUACCAGAGAUGAUAGGCAGCCAAAUUGCAGUGUACAAUGGGAAAUAUUUCGUCAUAAAUGAGAUCAAGCCCGAGAUGAUUGGGCACCACCUCGCCGAGUUCUCCAUCAGCUACAAGCCCGUCAAGCACGGGAGGCCCGGCAUCGGCGCCACCCACUCCUCGAGGUUCAUUCCCCUCAAGUGAAAGGAUCCCGCGGCCUGACUGCCCUCGGCCGACUCCAUGUACCUCUUCCUGGAGUGAACGCCGUGUAUGUCCGUUUUGUCUGUGGUGGAAGAACUUCUAGUAUAUCUAUCUAGUGGAAGCAUGAGGUGGAACUUCUAGUAUGUCUAUCUUUCUAGUGGAGCUGUGGGAACCCAUGUAUGGAAAAUUGGGGAGAAGAAAGCAGCAUCUGUUAUCUAUCUGCGUGGCUGUAGCUAAUGCCCACUUGGUUUG